CCACAAAAGUCACACCGCGUUUAUAUUCGCGGAGUUUUGAUUCGAAACGUUUUUGCUCCGUUUUGAUUAUUCGUUGAAGAGAAGGGGGGUGUUUACACACACAAACACACGCACUUCAAAGCAAAAAACAAAUUAAAUUCCUACCCCACGUCGUAAUCAAGAAAGGAGAAGUACGGCGGUCAUACGAUACGUCCUGCGUCAUUUUCGCCCCUUUCAUUCCUCUUCUCUUCUUCGAUCUUUUCAUCAAUCCUCCACUUACAAAAAUGGUGACAUGGUACUUGUGGCCUGCUGCUCUGGCAAACUAUAUUAUCCCGCAAGAAUCAAGUUUACGUGAUAAGAAGCUGGCAAUCUACUUUGGUAUCUCGAUUGUCAUCCUGCAUUCAGCAUUUCACAUCUUAUCCAAUACGCUCUUUCGUGGUGCAGAACCAAAGAGACUCAAACAACGAUCAUGGAUCUUGACAACGAUAAAUGCUUUCGUCAUGACUGCUGUCAGUUUUCCAUUCUUGUGGGACUUGCUCAGCUCAGGAUUCGAUUUGCAUAACGUCAAACAUCGCGAUGAAUAUAUCACAAAACCAUUCUCAUGUUUCUUUGUCGCAUACCUCUUGAGCGAUUUAGGACUAGGAUCAAUCUUUUAUCGACAUUUGAUCAAUUUGUCGUCUGGUUGGAUUCAUCAUUCCGUCUAUACGCUCUUGUUUGCUUUUUGGAUGCACAAAGGUUGGGCUUUCAUCGCGGUGAUGGCUUGUGUUUUCGAAUUACCAACAUUUGUGAUGGGAAUUGCUUCUCUUCAUCCACCUCUUCGUUCCAAUAUGGCAUUCACCGUCACAUUCUUCAUCACAAGAGUCUUUUUCCAUUUCGGCCUUUUGAUCGCCUCAUUCACCAAGCAUGGAAGAGAGACGAAAGGCAUCGAUGGAAGUUGGGGACCUGCGAUCAGCGUGUUGGUCACCUACCCCAUGCAUCUCUGGUGGGGUUACAAAUGCAUUCUAUCCAUGCGACGUAGGAUGCACAAACGUAAAGUCGAAAGACGCAAAGAACGAGAAGCACUCUUGCAAAGUCUCAAAGAAGGUGGUGUGGCUUCUUACUUUGAUGCAGCAGGUCAAUUGUUUACGGGUAUGCCAGAUCCACAAAUCAGUAGUGCUCUUAACACACCUGCAACAACGCCUGGCUCAAGUCCAUUGCUCACUGCUGCCGAUAAAAAAGCAACUUCUCCUUUCCAACGUGCAGCCGCAAUGGCAGGUGGACCGAUCAAUAUGGUGAUGGGAAGAAGGACAAGAAAGGAUAGCGAUGUGAGCGAGAAAUCGUUUUCUUUGGAUAAUAGCGCUUCUUCUUCUGCCAUUGGUAACUCCAACAGUGCAUCAACGUCCAAACGACAACCAUUCACAAAACCUGUCCGACCUGAAGGUGCUCAACCGGAAGAUCGUGAACCAUUUUUGGCCAUUCGUUCACCUGCUGAAACGCGCGAUAAAGCACGUAGAUUGGUUGCAGAUGCCAUUCGCAAAGCAUGGGCAAAUGCUCCUGAUAGUUGGAGAAGACAAUUUGAAGCUGAAGUGAUGGCUGCUUUUGAUAGUGCUUCUCCAAGUGUACAAUCACGCAGAGCAUCGGAAGAUACGAGUGGAGAAGAAUUAGAAUUGGAAGGAGAAGGCGAAAUUGAGAAAACUCAACAAGGUAGCGGAUCCGUUGCCGCUGCCGGAUCUGCUACCGGUGGCGCUCCUGAUGAACGUACUCGUGCACAAAAAGGAAAAGAUGCUGCACGUAGAGCACUUGUUCGAGCAAUUCGAAGAACGAUCAAUGGUACAGAUGAACGUGAGGCGGCGGCGGCAGAUGCAGCUGCAGCAGCAGCAAGUGAAGUAGUGGCAGAAGCGCAAGCACAAGCUGAAGUAUCGGAAGAUCAAAGAAACGAAAGAAAGUUACUCAAAACGAUCCUUCGUUUGGGCGGUGUUGAAUUACCACCGGAUAUGGUAGGACAAGAAUAUACAGUAAGAGAAUUUCCUGUAGAAAGAGAUGCAAGCAGUACAAGAAGAACACGUCUUUUGGGUCAAUUACGCAGACGAAUGGAAGUGGCCAAUCGGGAGGUGGUAGUGUUUGAUUAAUGAUGAGAAGGAAGAAAGAGUUUCCAACACAUUUUUUACGUACAUUAGAAUUUUCCAUUAUACCCAAUAUUUGUUACGAUGACGAAUGAAAAUAAUCAUUUAAGAUUCUGGCUUGUCUGCAUUUGUGUUACAGGGUUUAGGUAUAGGAGAAGAUUUACUGAUUCGUGGAAGGUCUAAUUUACCCACAAACUUAUACCUUUGAUGAUUAUCGAAGAAGUUUU